AUGACACAGGCUAAGAAUGAAAAUUGGCAAUUGAAUGAUUGGGGAAAGGAAAAAGAUAACUGGGGCUAUACCCCCUCUCCGGGAAAUAGCUGUCAGAAGAAUUCAAGACCCCGAUAUUGUUAUCCGGAAUUAAUCAAGAAAGGAACAAGCAGAUGGGAUGGUCUGAGUGAAUGGUUGAAGGAAAAAAUAUUACAAACCGUUACUUCCAAAUGGCCAGAGAAUUUCAACCCAGAUGUGGGCACCGGCAUAAAGGAUAGUGAUAGAAAACCCUUCAACUGGGGUCAAGUGCUCCAUACAAUAAUGAAUCAGAUCCAAACCGAUAUGAUAGCAGAUGUGGACGAGCACAGCACCAGCCGGUUAUGGGGCAACGGGGAGUGGUACACAAUCUUACAACCAGACAGUAGUCUAGAGAAGCCAUGGGACAAAAGUGAGGUCGGUCAAAAACUUCUGAUGACAAUAGUAUGCAUCUUAACAGGGUUGACAAGUUCAAGGACGGAGGAGGAGGUGAGAUAUCCUGGGAGGGGACACUUAUGUGGCCAACUGGACCAGGCUUUAAUGGUAGAUAAAGAUAAGUGGAAAAGAUGGUUGGGGAAUCCCCAAAAACUAUCGCGGGAAAAAAAAUAUGAAUGUAAACACCAGGAAGAUUCUGAAGGAUGUAAAACUGCAGGUAUGAGUUUAGUAUUAACAGUAUAUAGAAGUUUGGCUAGUCUUUGUACCAAGUGUGGGCCUUAUAGCAUAGCUCGAUGGGUUAAUACUAGUUUAACUGAAGGAAUAGACCAGGGAGAGUGGUAUUGUGAAGUUAUCGGGCGGGUAAUGAAGUGUGGUAAGUCAUCCAAGCGAGAUUGGAAUAUAAAUGAUUUAAGAAUGGCCCCAAUACAGGCAGAAACACUAGUCUCGCAGGGUAGUGAACCCCACCAAGGAAACAGUGAGCAAGGGUCGGACGCAAGAGUAGAAGCACCCAAUCUAACAUCGUCAGCACAGAUUGAGUCACCCUUUCCCACUGCUACCCAAAGCGACAGGGGCUCCACGGAACAGAACCCCCCACCGCAGGCUGAUGAUCUGCCUAAGACUAUUGCCGGCUCUCAAGUUGGGGGGGGUAAAUCAGCUUCCUUCCAACACCCAGGAAGAGUCGAACAACAUCAGAUGAAUGCGGACGAAUCAUCCCGGCCAGAAAAUGUUCCUUCGAAAAAUGAAGACUCCGGCGAUCCGGGACACGGGGGGCCUCCCCAAAAGGCAGACCUCGGGCGGCCUAAUACUCUAAACUCCGAUUCAGGAACCUCAAGUGGACACGGGGACGUCUCUAGGAUUCUUAAACCGGCAGGACAGGAAGGUGCCGGUAUCCCUCCCCUAGUGGGGGGAGCAGUGGCUGGUGUCGUAGCAGUUAUAUUACUGGGAUUGGCCAGCGCCUAUGGAAUAUUUCGGAUUUACAGAGGAGGAAAGAGGGCUAGAUCGCGGAGGGACAGAAUCAAUAUUUCGGUCGUUCCUGUUUCGGCGUAG